AUGACAAAAACAAAGUCACGUAAGACUAAUGUAAGCGCUAAACAGGCAAAGAAAGCGAAAGCCGUUUCGGAUCAUACUUCAGAUGAAAACGGGGCCGCUAAAGAAAUUGAAAAAGCUGAGAAAAGGCAGGAAAUUUUAGUUCAUGAAGAGCGGGAAAAACAGUUGAAUUGCGAAGAGAAUGAAAAGAAAGACUUGAUAGAAAAUAACGAAGAAAAAAAUGGAAGAGAACAAGGUUUGGGAGAAAAAGUGAGAAACGUUCUGAAGAAAUGCAAAAUGGGCUGGACUAGUCUCGGACGCGUUUUGGUGCUGAUUAUGGUUACAAUUCUAACGUGUAGUACUCGGUAUUAUAAUCUAAAAGAACCAAAACACGUUUGGUAA